AUGGAGAAAAAAUUUGCUGUCAUUUAUUUCCCUGCUGAAAAUAUUUAUUCGGAAGUACCUACUUCCUGGCUGGCUCCAGAUCGAAAGCACUGCUGGUGGCCAAAUUCGAUUAAUGCAAAACCCUUCAUGGUUCGAGGUGAACUACCAGAUGAAUCAGUUUGGGUGCUUCACGAGGUGAAGCUGGAAGCCUAUGCAUCUACCUUGGAAACGGCACGAAAAAAAGCGGACAAUCCAGAUUUUCUUACUGGAGGGGAAGAUUUGCUACUUCCGGAAAAACGAUUUCGAAAGCCUAGGACUCUGAGCCCUGCUCUGAGCAAUAAUAGCAGCAGUUCUGAGACACCUAUUACACCACCGCCUUCACCACUGAAACUAAAAAAAAACAAAUCAUCUAAAAAGAAAAUAGAUUCAAUUAAGAAACUAGUUCUAAGUGAACCGUCGCAGCUUCCAGAAAUCCAUCAACCAUUUAGAACCCUUGCCACAUAUGAUGACAAUGAUGAGGAUUUUGUCGAAAUCGAAUCCCUUCCAAUUGUUUUUGAAGGCAAUGAUGAAAUCGGGGCAAAGCAGAACACCGUCGAAGAGGCAUCAAAUUCUGCAUGUGAAGGAACUCAACUAGAUGAAUUUAUGGCCACAAUUAAAAAUCUUACAAUAACCUGCAAUAAUGUACAGAAAUAUGUGAUCAGUAUAGACAAUAGAUUGAAAGACAUGACAUCCAAUCAGGGAAAGGUUCUGGUCAACGACGUUAUAAAAAAUCUGGAAAAAAACUUGCCUCUAAAUUCUCAGGAGUCUGUACGGGCAUUUGACACAUUACUGAAUACAAAAGCGGAAGUUAAGAAUACCUUUGCACAGUUUAUUAAACGCAUUGGAGGAAGAGAUGCCAAGGAUCAUAUUAAUAGGUGUUUACCAAAAUUAUUUACAAAUGAGUUUGCAAAAGAAUCUUCAUAUUUGGGACUUAGGGGCAAUUUUAAGUUGCAGCAAUUCAAUUUCAUGCAGAUUUUAAUUGAUGUUUUAGUUGUACAGCACUCAGCCACACUACAAAAUGUGGAAAAACAUAUAGGAGAGUGGUUCCGUCUGGCCAACCAAAGACUGAAGAGAUUAGAAAAAAAAUAAAUGUGUUUUUGAAAUGAUUAGAGUGCUAGUUUAGUCUCCGGCUUAGUUUAGAUUUUUUUUGGAAAUGAUAAUCUCAUUCUCAUAUUCAUAAUUUGUCCACAACUUUACAGAAUAUUUCGUUUUAUUUUAUUUUUCAUCAAUUGUUCACAUAUUUACAGAAUAUUGAUUUUUAUUUUAUUUUUCAUCAUUAGUCCAGAAUAUAUUUAUCUUUUUUUUAGUUUUCAUCAUUUGUCCACAUAAGUAUUUACAGAAUAUUUAUUUUUAUUUUAUUUUUCAUCGUUUUUCC